AGAAGAAUUGAAACUUUGAUCUCGAUCCAAGUAACUGUCUGUCUUAAAGGAAACAUCCAAAACCCCUUAAAGCUCAAAUUCUCAAAUUUCAUAUAAAUAUAUUUCUCAUUUGCUUCAUUUCAUAAUCUCAAAUCUCUUUUACAUAUACUUUCUCUCUCCUCUUAAAAUCUUUAUCUUCAUUUUCCUAGCUACACUCAAAUAAUGGCAAUUUCAACAACGUACCAACAUGGGAUAAAAUUGGUUAUCAUGGUUACCCUAGUCAUUUUCCUCGUAAAUUUACCUUCCAAAUCAGAUGCAAGAGAUAUAAUGAAGAGCGUAAAAACAGUGUUGGGUUCACGUCCGCCUAAUUGUAUGAACAAGUGCUCGGGUUGCCAUCCAUGUGUCGCGGCGCUUGUUGUUACUUAUAAGGGUUCUAGCGAUGAAUUAAGGGAUGCAAUCUCGCCAACAUCUUACAUUGGUUAUGAGCCAACAUCUUAUGAUGGUUAUGAAGAUAAUAAUCAUGAUAGUUAUUAUCUUGUAGAAUGGAAAUGCAAAUGCGGAAAUAAGUUGUUUCCUUAAAUUACUAAUUAGCAGUUUUAAUUAGUACAUGUAAGGUUGAAAUUAGAACACUAAUAAUUAAGUUACUUAUGAGAAUAUACUUCAUAUAUAUGUUCAAAUUUUCAACUUUUUUCACAUUAUUUUGUGUUGGGACGUACAUAUUUUC